AUGGCUACCCGCCUUGUUAAAUUGACUGUCCUCACCGAUUUCACUUGUGCAAACUGCUGUGUCGGCCAACAUGAACUUUUAAAUGCUGUUUCCUACUGCCAGGAUACCCUUCAUCUUCCUCUUCAAUUUGAGAUUGAGCACCUCCCAUUCCGUCUCAUAAACCCCAGCAUCCUCCCAGAUGACUGCACCAAAGUCGACAAGGCCGAUUUCUUGAUGACCCAUAUCGGCAAGGAAAAAUUCACCAAGAUGUCCGAUGCCGUGUCUAAAUGGGCUGAGGAAAAGGGCAUUCCUAUAUCAUUCCGCGGUGUCAUGAGCCAGACCACCCGGGCCCAUCGCCUGUGCCAGAAGGCGUACAAACUCGGCAGACAAUCGAAACAAAUCCCUCUCAUGUGUGCCGUUUUCAAGGCGUACAUGGAAGAAGGGCAAGACAUUGCCGAUAUCAAUGUCCUGGCUGGACUUGCUGAAAGCACUGGAACCAUGUCCAAAGAAGAAGCUAUCAAGUUCUUGGAGUCGGACGAACUCGAGAAGGAAGUUGACUCUAUGACCAAUGAGGCGCGUUCGAAAGGCAUCACUGGAGUCCCAAUGACGAUUAUCGACGGCAAAUGGGCUGUCAGUGGCGGUCAAUCUUCGGAUGUGUUUGUACAGAUUUUCAAGAAACUUGCUGUCGCUGGAUCGCAUAAUCCUUCAUCUCCAUUCUCAGGUCCUGUCGCCGACACAGUCCUUGUUGCUUGA